GUUAAGAUGGCUCCGUCCCUGGGGCUCGCAAGCACAAGGAACCCUUGGGUUCUCGACAAGCAAGGGAUUGUUUCGUUAAUCGACGGAUCAAUUAAGCUCCUCGGUCGAGCCGUCCACUCUCUUGACUCAGACCUUGAAGCCCUUCUUUUGCUUCUGUCUCUGCCGUGCUGGACUGCUUGGUUGCUUGCCCGCCUGCCAAGACUUUGAGCAGCAGUCAUGAAGGUCACAUCCACACUCCUGCUGGCCACUGGCGCCGCUGCGGCAUGGACUUCCAAAAAGGUCCAGGACCAGAACAUCUACCCGCCCAAUGGCUACACGCACCCGGUGCAGGCCCCUCAGCCCGGCUCGACGUAUGAGUACAUCAUCGUGGGCUCCGGCGCGGGCGGCUCGCCGCUGGCCGCCCGGCUGGCGCUCGCGGGCCACAGCGUGCUGCUGAUCGACGCCGGCGAGGACCACGGCACGGACCGGCAGGUCCAGGUGCCGGCGAUGCACCCGUUCGCCAGCGAGUACAACCCGAUCCGCUGGGACUACUUUGUCGAGCGGCAUGACGACGAGCAGCAGGCGCUGCGCGACACAAAGUACACCUGGCAGACGCCUGCCGGCGACUACUGGCAGCGCCUCAACGACACGAGCGCGCAGCCGCCCGCGGGCUCGACCAAGAAGGGCCUGCUGUACCCUCGGACCGGCGCCCUCGGCGGCUGCACCGUCCACAACGCGCUGCUCAUGGUGCAGGCGACCAAGAAGGACUGGGACGACAUUGCCGCGACCACCGGCGACGCCUCGUGGUCCGCGUCCAACAUGAGGCAGUACUUCAAGAAGCUCGAGCGCAACGCCUACCUCCAGGGCGGCCUCCUCAACUCCGGCAGCCACGGCUUCAGCGGCUGGCUGCCCACGCGUCUCACUCCUUCAGCGCUCAUCGUGCAGGAUCUGAAGAUCACCUCGCUCCUCAUCACGGCGGCCACGACCACCGGCAAGGGCCUGCUCGGCUCUUUGCUCGGGACCGUCGCCGGCGCCCUGCAGGCCCUCACGCUCGACGUCAACACGGAUGCCAGCAACCGCGACACUGCCGACCUCAUCUACCAGAUGCCCCUGGCCAUGAACGAGGACUACAUGCGCACGGGACCGCGUGACUUUGUCCUCUCGGUCGCCACCGCCACCAACAGUGACGGCUCCCGCAAGUACAAGCUUGACAUUGUGCUCAACACGCUCGUCACCAAGGUCAACUUUGACCAGUCUGGCGCCGUCCCCAAGGCCACGGGUGUCGACUACAUCUUUGGUAAGAGCCUGUACCGGGCCGAUCCCCGCCCCGCCUCCAACGGCCCUUCUGCCAGCGGCACGGUCUAUGCCAGCCGCGAGGUCAUCGUGUCCGGUGGUGCCUUUAACACGCCCCAGAUCCUCAAGCUCAGCGGUGUUGGCCCCGCGGCCGAGCUCGCGGCCCACGGCAUCCCGCUGGUCAAGAACCUGCCCGGUGUUGGCGGCAACCUGCAGGACCGGUACGAGAUCCCCAUUGUCGGAGAGGCGCCCACCAAGUUCUCUCUGCUCGCAGACUGCACGUUCCUCGCCGCGGCCGGCGACCCGUGCUACGACCGGUGGAAGGCCGGCAAGCUGGCCGAGCUCAAGGGAUCGUACACGACCAACGGCAUCGCCUGGGGUUACCUCAAGCACUCGUCCACCUCCGGUCCCGACCACGACCUCUGGAUCGGCGGCUCGACGGCCUACUUCCACGGCUACUUCCCUGGCUACUCGCGCUACGCGACGGCCGGCGGCAACAACUGGUCGUGGCUCACACUCAAGGCGCACAGCCGCAACCGCGCCGGCAGCGUCAACCUGACGUCGGCGGACCCCCGCGACACCCCUUACAUCAACUUCCGCAACUUUGCCGAGGGCGGCGAGGAGGACCUCCAGGCUCUGGUCGAGGGCAUGCAGUACAGCCUCUCGGCGUUUGACAAGCUGGUGCCCCUGGACGGCAGCUUCAAGCGCGUAUGGCCAGACCCCAAGACGGUCAACACGCCCGCCGAGCUGCGCCAGUUCGCCAUUGACGAGGCCUGGGGCCACCACGCCUCCUGCACAGCCCCCAUCGGCGCGGACUCGGACCCCAUGGCCGUCCUGGACAGCAAGUUCCGCGUCCGGGGUGUCUCGGGUCUGCGCGUCGUCGACGCCUCCGCCUUCCCCCGGAUCCCCGGGCUCUUCAUCGCCCUGCCCACCUACACCAUGAGCGAGAAGGCGGCUGAUGUCAUCCUUGCCGACGCUGCUGCUUCUCCGUAAACCAUGGCAGUCGCCGCGCCGCAUCCGCUUCCCGCGUUCGCGUUUUCUAUUCUUCAAAUUAUAUAUCCUGUCCAUAGAGAUAGAAUCCUUAUACUUUAAUUGUAUAACUCCAGUCUUUACCAUACCAG